AUGCUAUUGACUACUGUUGCUCUUGUUAUUACUUCCUCUACCUAUGUGGCGUUUGCUCAAAUCCUUGGUAGUAGUUGUGGAGUUGGAUUGCCAGACUGUCUAUUGAUUCAAGCAUGCUCCGUUUUCCCUUCUGGGUUGAGUUUUUGUGCCUUACCACCAGUAGGACCAGGCCAAAUCUGUCUUAAUGUAGUUCCAGGCCCCGUUUGUGUUGCUGGCAAUUCAUGUGUUGGAGGAAUAUGUGUUGCUAGCACGGUACCACCACCUGCUCCGGUGCCAGCACCUGCAACUACCCUAACCAUUACAACUAGAACGACACUGACUGCACCUCCAACAACAUCUGUUGUACUGCCACCAGUCACUUCCAUAACCUCUAUAAGCCCUGUUCCUUCAGUAGUACCACCUGCUAGUCCUCCUUCAGCUUCUUCUCGCGUGGUUGCAGCUCCUCCUCCACCUGGUGCUGUUGCUGGUGCUGUUUCUGGCUCUGCCAAUGUUACUCAAAACGGGGACAUUGCUCUAACUGCUCCGAUAGUCGGAAUCUCGUUAGGUGCUUUGCUGAUGUCCUUGAUACUGUAA